CAAGCUUUAUAUUGAAACCAAACCAAUCGUUUCAAACGAAAAGCUAAGAAAUUAAACAUAUGGCGCUAAGUCUUUUCGGUGGCCGAAGGAGCAACGUCUUCGACCCUUUCUCUCUUGACAUAUGGGAUCCUUUAGAGGGCUUCCCAUUCACCACUACUGUUGCUAACGCAUCCUCCUCUGCAGGCGACACCUCAGCCAUCGCCAACACCAGAAUCGACUGGAAGGAGACCCCGGAAGCCCACGUGUUCCAGGCUGAUCUUCCAGGGCUGAAGAAGGAGGAAGUGAAAGUGGAGGUUGAAGACGGAAGGGUUCUCAGGAUAAGUGGAGAGAGAAGCAGAGAGAAUGAAGAUAAGAACGAUAAGUGGCACCGCCUUGAGAGGAGUAGUGGGAAGUUUAUGAGGAGGUUCAGGCUGCCGGAGAAUGCUAAGAUGGAUCAGAUCAAAGCUUUCAUGGAGAAUGGUGUGCUUACUGUGACUGUGCCGAAGCAGGAAGAGAAGAAGCCUGAGGUUAAGUCCAUUGAAAUCUCCAGUUAAACUGAAAGAAAUUAAGUGUAGUUUGAGCUUAAAUGUUGUUUAAUAUGUUUUGAGAAAUGUGUGGUGUUUGUGGUUAUUUAAUGUAAUAAGGCGGUUAGCCCGAGAGCCACUGAAUGUAAUAGUUGUCGUUUUUUUCUUGUGUUGAAGAACAAAUUGUCUUAAGAACUAUGGCAUAUGUUGUAUGUAAAUAGUAGUAUCAUAAUAUAUAUUAAAAUUUUAAUUUUUUAGAUA